GAAGAAGAAGAAGAAGAAGAAGAAGAAGAAGAGUGCACAUUUAACAGAUUAGUUUAAUUCAGAGCUGUAUUGAGCUGUAACAGCUCAGUAAAUGCUGGUGAGAUGUGGAGACAGCAGGUAAAAACAGAGGAAGAAGAGAAGUCGGAGGAUUUUAGAUCUGUUGAUCAGAAACAGACAAAAAACACGACGGAGUUUCGUAUAGAAGCUUUUUACAGUGUCAGCCAUCAGCUGCAGACAUCAGUGGUUCCUGAAGGUGUUCCUAAGAAGGCACUGAUUAAAGAAGAAGCUCCUGAAGAACAGAAACCUGAUGUGGACCAGCAGGACCAAGAACACCUCCAUAUAAAAGAGGAAGAGGAGGAACUUUGGACCAGUCUGGAAGCAGAGCAGCUCAAUGUCAAGGAGGAGACGGAUGCCACCAGCUUUUCAUUCACUGCAAAGCCUGUGAAGCAUGAGGAUGAUGAAGAUAAACCUCUGUUCUUACAGCUUCAUCAACACCAAGUUGAAAUCAGAGAUCUUCCAACCAGCAGCUCAGAUAACAACCUGGAAUCAACAACUGGUGGAGAGUCCUGUGGGGGAGCAGAAACUACCAGAAACCCAGAUCUGAGUACUUAUGAAGAUGAUUCUGACUCUUCGGAAACUGAAGUCAGUGAGGAUGAUGAAGAGGAUUCUGAAUCUUCAGAAACUGAAGUCAGUGAGGAUGAUGAUGAUUCUGAAUCUUCAGAAACUGAAGUCAGUAAAGAUGAUGAAGAGGAUAAUGAUGUGAACAAUCCUGCCUCUCAGCUGAAACACUUAGACUCUGGGUCAAAAACUGAAGACACUGAUAAAGACUGGGAGUCUACUCCCAGUAGGGUUCCUGAAUCAGGUGUUAAAAACAACAAAAGUAGACAGAAGCUGUUCGGUUGUGAGCUGUGUGGUCGAAGUUUUGCCCAAAAGGGUGGUUUAGACAAACACAUGGGAAUCCACACAGGACAAAAGCCAUUUUGUUGUGAGCUGUGUGGUCAAAGGUUUACCCAAAAGGGCAGUUUAGAAACACACAUGGGAAUCCACACAGGACAGAAGCCAUUUUGUUGUGAGCUGUGUGAUCGAAGGUUUACCCAAAAGGGUGGUUUAGACAAACACAUGGGAAUCCACACAGGACAGAUGCCAUUUUGUUGUGAGCUGUGUGGUCGAAGGUUUACCACAAAGGAUUAUUUGAACAGACACAUUAGAAUCCACACAGAAAUCAAAGCAGUCAUUUCAAAUAACUCCUAGGUGGGAAACCCAACAGGAGGAAACAUCACUUUGUUGUAAGACACACUUCAAAUCAAUAAGGAUUAUGAUGGUUUUAAACAAGUUUGAAAAGCCCAGAUCAGGGGUAGAACUUUUUCAGAUUGUCCAUUGGACAACCGGUUGACAAAAUCUGGUAAUCUGCCAAAAUGGUUGUCUUUUAUGAAAAAUGUCAAAAUUCUUAAGAUUAAAUCGGAGCCCCAUUUCCCUGAGUGACGAGUCUGACUUAGAAAACUGCCAAUGACUUGAAUCUUUUUUAUAAUCGUUUCACUUCUCAGAAUUCUCAUGAUGAACUGGCUGAAUACAGAAGUGAUCCUCUAGCUAAGAUGGCCACUUUAAUUAAUAUAAAUACGUGAAUUGUUACUAAUCUCUUUCAGAAAACUAAAGAGUGUAUGAGUCCAGAUAAAAUUGGGGGCAGACUCUUAAAGAACUGUGCUGAACAGCUGGCUGACAUUUUUUCUUUUAUCUUCAACAUGUCUCUUCAGCUUCACCAAGUGCCGAGGCUCUGGAAAGAUUUGAUUAUUGUACCCGUGGCCAAAUGUAAAGCUCCUAAGACACAAAGUGAUUUUUGUCUGGUUGCUCUUACCUCACUGGUGAUGAAAUCUUUGGAGAAAAUUAUAUAAGCUGAGAUUCUGAAGGUAACUGUAAGUAGUUUAGAGUAGACCCCUUACAGUUUACUUACAGAGUGGGUAGAAGUGUUGAUGAUGCUGUCAACACCCUACUUCAACUUGUGGCAGAUCAUGCAGAUAAGGCAAAACGUUAUUAUUUUGCUUUUUAUUGGCUUUUCCUCAGCUUUUAACUGUAUGCAACCCCAUAUUAUAGCAGCACGUCUUCUAGGUAGGCACCAUAUUAACCGAGAUUUAGUUUGUUGGUUAGUUAACUUUUUAACAGACCCAGGGUGAGGGUUAAUGGUAUUCUUUCUGAUAUACCUUUAUUUUCCACUGACUCCCCCAAGGGCUGUGUCCUUUCACCACUUUUAUUUCUUUUAUAUACUGAUGAGUGCCAGAGUCAAAUUAAAGACAGGCACAUCAUAAAGUUUGCUGAUGACUCUGUAAUUGUGUCUCUGCUUGAUGACCAGGAUUGUGAUCAUGUCUCUGUGCUGAAUGAUUUUAUUGGCUGGUGUUAGCRUUCAUUUUUGGAUAUUAAUGUCUCUAAAACCAAAGAGAUGUUGACUGAUUUUAGAAAGAAGCCUCCUCCAUUCCCUCCAGUUUUUAUCCAUGGACAGGCUGUUGAGGUUGUACAGCAUUACACAUAUCUUGGUACAAUUAUCGACAACUGCUUGAGCUUUGAGGCUAAUACAGAUGAAGUCUGUGCUAAGGUCCACCAGCGCUUGUAUUUUUAUUGGAAACUAAGAAGUUUUAAUGUUGACAGUGUUUUUAUGAAAAUGUUUUACUCUUUUAUCGAGUCUGUUUUAAAAUUUUCUUUCAUUUGUUGGUUAGAGUCUCUUACCCUGAAAAAUAAGCACAGAUUAAAUAGCAUUGUAAGGAUGUGUAGAAA